AUAUAUAUACAUAACAUAUAUUAACCACCCGGUUCAGUGAAAAGGCAAAAAUUACAAAUAAAAAGGAAUAAAGUGUAUAUUUUAUUUGCAAAAAUUUUGUUUGGAAAAAUCACACGUAUUUCGUUCGCUUAAUUCCACAAAUUAAAAAAGCAAUCUCUUAAAAAAUGUCUUCUGAAAAAAGUAAACCAAAAGGAGAUUUAGGUCUUUUAGAAGAAGAUGAUGAAUUUGAGGAGUUUCCAGCUGAAGAUUUUAAUGUUGCCGAAGAAGACGAUAGUGCUGUAAAUGUUUGGGAAGACAAUUGGGAUGAUGAUAACAUCGAAGACGACUUUAACCAACAACUGAAAGCCCAUUUAGAGAAACAAAUGGAAACAUAAAUCGUCAAUGUUUUCCUGUACCUAACUAUCUUAAUUUUUUUGUAGUCUUUAUAAUUUAUCAAGUUUAAUGAGUAAUAUUUUCUUGCAUAUAUUAUUUUAUAAAUAAAAAAAAGUUACAAACUUAA